AUAACGUUAAGAUAAGAAAUCAUGUGUCACUAUGUCGUAGCCUAUUUCAAACGAUCGAGUGACAAAUCAGAUGUCUAUAAUGUUUCUCAUCACCGCAGUUACACUAAUCGCAUCAGCGGCAUUCACACAAGCUGAUACGGCAGUCGCCUUCUCAGCCGGGCUUACGCACAAUGUCAACAUCUCACAUGCCGAAAAUGUGGUAUACGACAAGGUUUUUACAAACAUCGGCGGCGGGUACGACAACAAUACCGGAAUUUUUAAUGUACCGACCUCUGGUAUAUAUGUAUUUCAGUUUCACACACUUUCACGCCAGGACAAAUCCUCUUGGCUAGAAUUAUACCACAAUGCUUAUUACAUCGCUUCAAUCUAUGGGCAUACAGUGAAUGAUUUUGCAAGUGGUGGAAAUUCCGUGGUUCUGAAGCUGACAAAAGGGGAUCAGGUCUAUGUCAAGGCAGUAGAUAAAUCAUACGGAGUAGAUACCAAUAUAUACGGGCGACAAAAUGAGAUUUAUUCCACAUUCAGCGGCUAUAUGAUUGCACCUGUUUACGAGGAAAUACCAGUCGGUUAAGUCUUCAUUUCUAUAACGAAUAUCAAUAAAAGAAAUAAAUGAA